CGUACUUUAUCCAGGAAACUCAAUACUUCAUAGUCAGCCUCGUCUCGUUUUCCUAUCAAGUGCCCAAGUCUAUGGUGAUGGCGUCGGGGCGUAAGGACAGACAGAAGGACAGGGACCGGGAGAGGGAGAGGGCCCUGCUAGACAGCUAUGGAGAGAGGAGCUUCCCUGCCCCCUGCCCUGGGGACACACUUCCCUGGAACCUGGCCAAACACCAGAGGGUCAAACGCUCUAAGUCUGCCUCGGGCUCCGGGGAUGUCCUGGACCCAGCUGAGAGGGCCGUCAUCCGCAUCGCAGGUAGGCAGUCUGCUGUCUGCAGCCCGACGACACUCCUCCUGCCACCUCUCACACAUGCUACUUUGCUAUGCUACUGUUCCCACCAGGCCUCAUACUAG